CCAUGGCGCGCGCCGCCCGCCUCCUGCCGGCUCUGGCCGCCGCCCUGCUCGCCGCCGCCGCCCUCGCCGCCCCAUCCUCCCUACUGGACGCCCCCAGCGACGCCGCCGCUGCUCAAGACUGCAACAAGGAGGAGACGGUGUACGACCAGCGGCAGAACGGCUCAGAGAACUACCGCGUGCACGUGGACGGCGUGGUGGUGGCCGUGGUGCCGGCCGAGGUGCUGGUGCCGCUCGUCGUGGGAGCCUCCUCCAACAGCGACCUCGAGCACCAGCUGGAGGAGCUGCUCGCCAGCGCCGGAGCCGGGACUGGGAGCUCGGGCUCAGCCUCCGGCAAGCCACAGCCGCCUCCAGAGGGCGGCCACACCAAGCCGCCCGCCAAGCCGACGCCUCCUCCACCCACACCUCAGUCCACCACCUCUGAGGCCAGCAAGCUGCCUCAGGGAGGCGAGAAGCCCAAUAAGGGUAAGCUGCGCCUGUCGCACCUGCUGCUGCCUCUGCUUCGGCGGUUGUAGGCAGGGAGCGGCGGGCAGCGCGACCCGGCAUCCUGGUGCGGCUGCGGCGCGGCUGGGCGCAGCACGCAGCUGCUUCUUCUCCCCACGGUUCUGGCUGUCCUCUGCACUCCACACGGCGUCCCGUCUACUACGAAGAUGGCCACUCUCCAUCGCUAACUGCCGUCUCAAGGAUGAGCUCUGUCGAAGCCUGACAUUUCUGUCAUUUAUUUAUUGUUUUAUAAUCCAAAACAUAUGGACAUUCCAUAUUGUUCUUUAUACCGAUAUUUAUACUGUCUGCU